UUACGAGGACAAUUUUGUAAGUUACAAACUGGUAAUUACAAGGUUAUUAUGCUAUAAAUGUGAUUUAUGAGGACAUUUGUAGUGUCCCCAUAAUUCAAAUCGCUUAAAAAUCAUACUAAACAAUGUUUUAUUGAAAAUGUAAAAAUGCAGAAUGUUUUCUGUGAGGGUUAGGUUUAGGGGUUGUGUUAGGUUUAGAGGAUAGAAUCUAUAGUUUAUACAGUAUAAAAGUCAUUAUGUCUAUGGAAAGUCCUCAUAAUGAUAGGUAGACCAACAUGUGUGUGUGUGUGUGUGUGUGUGAGAGAGAGAGAGUGAGUAAGUGUGUGUGUGUGUGUGUGUGUGUUAGAGAGAGAUAGUGAGUGAGUGUGUGUGUGUGAGUGUGUGUGUGAGAGAGAUAGUGAGUGAGUGUGUGUGUGUGCGUGUGAGUAUGUGUGUGAGAGAGAUAGUGAGUGUGUGUGUGCGUGUGAGUGUGUGUGUGUGUGCGUGUGAGUAAGUGUGUGUGAGAUAGUGAGUGCGUGUGAGUGUGUGUGUGUGAGAGAGAUAGUGAGUGUGUGUGUGUGCGUGUGUGCGUGUGAGUGUGUGUGAGAGAGAGAUAGUGAGUGUGUGAGAGUUUACAGUCCGCAAAUGACGGAAAGUUGACGAAUAUUAUUUUCUAUUUGCUUUGUUUAAUUUAAUUUAAUUAUUGAAUUAAGAAGACCAUUUGCAGAAGUGAUAAAUCGUUCUUCCGUCCUGUUUGCAGCUCAUUCCUGUCGGACACUAUCUAGUGUGUUAUUUUGAGGGUUCAUGUCGUGCUGGCCGCUCGUGUGGAUUGUGAUGGGCUGUAUUCAGAGUAUCAGGUGUAAACCCAAGAGUUUCCGGGACAGCAUCGUGGUUCUGGAGGUGAACUCGUCCAUUGACUCGAACCCCACCAGCAUCGACGAGUCCUCUAGCGUGGUGCUGCGCUACCGCACGCCGCAUUUCCGCGCGUCGGCUCGGGUGCUGGUGCCGCCGGUGGCCGCUAAAGAGAGCUGGACGAUCGGCUGGAUUCAGGCGUGCAAUCACAUGGAGUUCCACAACAAAUACGGAGCCACAGGGAUGUCGAGCUGGGAGCUCCCGGAUCUUCGAGACGGAAAGAUCGAAGCCAUCAGCGACUCGGACGGCGUCAACUACCCGUGGUACGGCAACACCACCGAGACGUGCACCGUGGUGGGACCCACCAAGAAGAACACCAAGUUCACCGUCAGCAUGAAUGACAAUUUCUACCCGAGCGUGACGUGGGGCGUGCCCGUCAGUGACAGUAAUGUGCCCAUGCUGAGCAGCAUCUGGAGGGACCAGAGCUUCAUCACGUGGCUGGUGGCCAUCAACCAGGCAUCGGGCGAGAUCCUGGUGCUGCAGACGGUGCGCUGGCGCAUGCGUUUGCACAUCGAGGUGGAUUCGGACAAACCGCUCGGCCAGAGGGCGAAGCUGCGUGAGCCGAUAGCCCAGGAGCAACCGCAGGUGCUCAGCAAGAACGAACCCAUCCCACCCAAUGCCAUGAUCAAACCCAAUGCCAACGACGCUCAGGUCCUGAUGUGGCGCCCCAGGACUGGUGAUGCAGUGGUGGUCAUCCCGGCCAAACAGUGAACCUCUUCACUGUAUCUAAUAAGAUUGAGUACAAAUAAGCACUUGCUUCCGUUGAUAUGAAGGGUCAUGAAUCUGAAACAAAGUGCAAACAAACCGCUCUACCUGCAGACUGGCUCGGGAUCACUGUGCUAAAAGACUACGAGAUUUUUAUGCUUUUUUAUGUUGUUUGGGAAUAUUGCUUUAUAGCCAUGCAUUACAAUAACUGGCUAACUGGUAUACAUGUGCACAUAUGGCAAGCUGAAAUGACAUGUAAUCACGUGCAGAAAAUGAAUUGUAGAUAUCUGUAAUAAAAUGUCCUCUAGUAAAAAUGCCAAUUGUUGGUAGUAGCAAUGGAGUUACUAUUAGUAAAAAUGCAACUUUUAUAUAUCAUUUAUUAGGUGUGCACUAGUAAACAUUUUAAUUCUUGAUAAGAAAACUGAUGUCAUUACUAAAAAAAUCAUUAUUCCUGAUACCUGUAAUUGCAUUUUCUCAAGUAAACUGUCACAAUGAUCUGUCACUGACUCCGGUUCAAAUGCAAUUACAGGUAUAUUUGAUUUAGAAGUGCACAUAUCAGUUAUGUAAAUGAACUUGAACAUGUUAGAUUCAGUAUUUCAGAUAUCUGGAAAUGGAUUCAGAUAUCAUUAAAUUGAAGAGUAAUUAAAGAUAUUUUAAUAAAAGCUUUCUUAGUUGUUACAAUCACAUUGUGAUAUGAACAUUGAUAUUAGUGAAAACCAAAUAACUGAUAUGAAAAAUGAGCAUUUUUACUAGUUGUAAUUCAGUUGUUGAUAUCAGGGAUGGACAUUUGCGCUUGUAACAAUGUAAUGUCAUUGAUCCCAAAAAAGAUCAUUUUUACUAGAGAAGUGCAUCACUGAUAUGCGCAUUUGGAAUUUCAACUAGUAAAAACAUUCAAUAUAGAUAUCUGUAAUUGUGUUGUGAACAGAAAUGAAUGACAGAUCAUUGCAAAAUUGCAGUUACAGAUAUCAAACAUAAUGUUUUUACUAGUGCACACCUGAUUAUUGACUGAAAAAAGAAAUCAUUUGCAUUAUCAGUAGUAACAAUUCCAUUCCUGAUAUGAAGAAUGAACAUUUUAAUGGCAGUGACAAUUGAAUGAUAGAUACCUAUAAUUCAUAUCCUGCUCGUGACUAAAUGUCAAAGGGGCUAGCGAUAGUGCACGUUUAUAUAUGCGAGUCAUAUUUAAUGUUGUGGCAUAUUUCAAAUGAAAAGUGUAACUUUUUGAUGUUAAACAUGCAGGACAUUGGAUUCACGCUGCCUUAAGUUUACAUUGCUUUCCACGGCAAACUUUUAGCCUUAAAUGAAGUGCAAUGCAGUAAAACACACAUCCGACCUGUUAGAACCGCAGAUGUGUCCCAAUCUUUCCUUAUUCCUCCUAAAUGACUCCUGUUGAAGGGGACUUUGAUGACAUCUCUAUGGGAUGGCUGUGUACUGAAUGAAAUGAAGGCAAAAUUCCCUAGAGUGUGGAUCUGUUUUGCACAAACAUGAAGGAAUUAUAGAUAUUAUUAUGCAUACAGCAUUUUAAACAGGCACUUAACUAAAGUGAUUUAGUUGCAGAUAUAUUUUUCCAAAACAGCUGACAAACAGGUAUUGAUGAUCUUCCAAAGUAUUUCAAACACUGGAGAGCUGAAAAUACAGAUUUUCUAAUACACGUCCGUUGUCCCCCAUUGCUGUGUGAGGGAUGUCAGUCAUUGAUUCGGGACAUCUUGAGUGGUCAAUUGAUGCUGUUAUUAAUAAGCUGACAGCUAAAGCAGAUGGGAGGUGCAUUUAGUCAUUUGGCAAAAAUGUGAGAUUUAAGUUUGAGUUUGUGAGUUUUAGUUAUACUGAAGGGUUCACACCUGAUACACGUACAGUGGAAGUCUGAGAUCACUAGUGAAAAUGCUUCUAAUUUCAUAACAAAUUUUACUAUCAGUGUUAACAAUUUCAGUGAAAGUUGAAUUGAAAAAUGUACUUGAAUACCUCUCUUUCCAGAACGCAUCUGAUGUGCUUCAAUGGACGCAAGCGAACCGUCUGCAUAGACUUCACUUAUUUAAUGUCACUAUAAUUCAUAUUUGAAAUAGUGGAGAAUUUGUAAUAUUUCGUCCUCAUGUCACAACUUUGUUUUAAGUGUUACAAAAGGUUUGUAUCCCAGAUUUUCAAUCAUUACAGUUAAAAUUGCAAUUAUAAUUGACCUACAGUCUUCAUCUGCCAGUCCAAGUAUACAUGACACAAUGCAUAAUGAAUAUUUGAAAGAAGGUCAACAGCUGUGGAAGUGUUAAAUACAUGUUGCAUGUCACCUCUGUGUUUCACAAGGAGCAACGCAGAGACCGAUUGUGGUCCAAUUAAAGCAUGUACAGGCUGGACGAAACCAGACUAACCUGGUCUGUUAGUCUGACUUUAUAGACAUGGGACUGGUACGAUCUUAGUCGACAUGACAAAUUAUUGACUGAAGUUGAACUUUCAAAGUGCAUGUAAACAUUCUGAAUGUGGUCUCAGACUUUUGGGCUUCACUAUAUAUGGAGGGACUCAAGGGUUUGAUUUGGUGUCAUUCUUUGUUCUACUCAUAUAAUCGAAACACCAAAAACAACUAAAAAGCACAUUAAAACUUUCAUAAGAGUAGUCCAUAGGACUCGUGCUCUAGAUUGUAAUAUCUUCUGAAGUCGUACAGUAGUUCUGUGUGAUGAAGGGACCCAGAUCGGAUCUCAUAGAUUAUGAUCUGUCCGUGAAAAGACGGGUUUGACUCAACUGUACGCAGAUUCAGAGAAAACAGAUUGAUUAUUUUAGUCAACAUUAAGGGAGUUCUUUGGUCUACAAGUUGAGUUCAAUCAGUCACAUGGAUGUAUACAGCAGCUGCUGUUGGUGUGGAUUAGAUGUUUUAUUCUGAUGGGAAACACAGAGCAGCGCAAUUUAGGCUCUGUACAAUCACACACAGCGAUGAGGACUUGUGUGAAGCUGCUUAAACCUCUCUAAAGAUACUCUGGAGUUAAACAGAGGAAUAUUAUUAUCCACAUAUGCCAAAAAUGCUUUAUGUUCACAUGCACAAUGUAAAACCCCUCUGACUGACAGAACAUGACCUGUUAGCAGGUAUAUUUAUGUGUGUGAGUGUUUGGUCUGUAAUGAGUGUUUCAUCAAUAGGGCUCAAAAUGACAUGACAAACGAGACAAAUUGUUCACUGUAGUGAAUAAACAAACUACAUCUUUCAGCUUAGAAUUUAGUCUUUUUUUUUUUAAACAAUCAAAAUAAUAUAUUUAUUGUUAUAUAUUUUUGAAUGUCAAUAUUCAUAUAAAGACAUCAAAUUAAAAGGUAAAACAGGCCUAAAACAUCCUGUGCUAACGACAUCGAUGCACUGAAUAGUUUGGCUUUUUGCCUUGAAAUAUUUUGUUCCAAUAUUCAUAAUUUUAUGAAUGGGACAUCUGCACUAUAAAUCCCCUUAAAUCAAAUUCAAAUCUUCAAAUAUUUUGUAAAUAACAGUUUGUGACAGUGAACCGCUCGGUGUGUUUCUGUGCGAUUCAGAUAAGGGGCUAUAUUAUUGUGAAAGCUGUUUCUUUGAUUUUAUUUCUGAUGGUGUGUUUGUUUUUUUAUAUUAUGUCCAUGAAAAUAAUACUUGACAAAUAUGACUGGGACAUAUUUGAAACUGUGAACAUGCACAUUGUAAAUACAGACGAGAUAUUUUCCAUGAAGAAAUAAAAGUGAAAUUC